AAUCUAUACCUAAAAAUACAAGUAUUUUGAGCCAAAAGCAAAGAGAACUUUUCCAGUGAAUUCUGUACGAUAUCAAGUCAAAGGAAAGCAGGAACUAAAUUAUUAGAAAUCUGUGAUAAAUUCCGCGUUAAUGCGGUUAAAGUUGCACUACAAAAAAUGAAGAAAGCCACAUCAGACACAUGGUUUUUCUUGGCGGUAAAUAAGCUGUCAGGAGGUCGCCAGAUGUCAGGUUAGCAGUAUCGUGGAUACUCGACAUUCAUAUAUAGCCAAGUCAAAUCUUGACGCCUUCGCUUUCCUUGAUGCACCAGCUCGGCACAAACUGCUCUCUCCUACAAGACGGUAGAUCCUUCUUCAACCUUUCUUCCACUACUCGUCCCGACCUUCAAUCCCCAGACCAUGACUCGCACUUGCAUGCGGUCUACAUGGUGGGCUUCCCUACCUUCAUCGCCGUGGGUAUACUGGCGAACAUCAUCGACCUCUGGGUGCUGUCACAGCCCUCCAUGCAGGGCAUUGCCUUCAGGUACUUGGCGCGACUUGCUGCCUCUGACUUACUCUACCUGCUGUUCAACAUUCCCUUCUGUCUGGAGGAAUUCGCCCUAACCUCAGACGGCUUGCCAGUGACCGAGUCUGCCGCCAUCUACUACGCCUACAUCGCGGUGCCAGUGGUGAAUUUCUUCCUCACGCUCAGUGUUUACAUUGUAGUGUGGCUCUCAUACGACCGCUGGCUCGCCGUCUGCUAUCCGCACAAAUUCUCAAGUCAACAAACCCUCGUUGUCGUCUACAGACGAUGUAUAGCAACGUUCCUGGUGACUUUCGCCAUAUACGUUCCGUGUCCGCUCAGGCAAACGUACUCAUGUUAUGCGUCGUCUGGUGACAUACCAGCUUGUUGUAUAUACGAGAGCGAGUACAUGAAUCAGAAAUGGUAUUAUUUUUACGAGUUUGGCAGGGAAGUUUACUCACGCUUUCUCCCUGGGAUAUUAAUAACAGCUUUUAAUAUGGCAAUAAUUUGGACUUUGCGACUGGCAAAACGAAAUAAAAAUUGUCGUCCCACUUCGCAAGUUGUGCAAGACUUUCAACGACGCAGGCCAAUUGAAGCCAUUUUUGGCAGAAGCAAGAGGCAGGAUGAUUCGGGCCAAACGGCAAUUUGCAUUGGAUUGCAUCACCUUAGUUUGAGCUGUUGCGACAACGCCGCGUCCAGUCCCGUGCUGCUGGCCAAACUUGAGCAGGAGUCGGUGCAGUGGAAAAGAGCGAGUGAUACAGGAAAACAAGAAAAGGAAGUAAAUAAUAUAGAAGACGAGAAAAGGGCAGCAAUCGAUGUAGAUGGUCAAGAAAAGGAAGCCACUAGUGUAGAUAGCCAAGAAAGAGAUGUAGGUAUAACUCACAGCUCUCAAAGUUCGUUCGGAAAGUUUUCGGAACAUCAUCGCCAGGAUAGAAUCGUGCGUCAUUGUAGCGUGAUCCCGAUCCGCCCUCUGCGAACAAGUCUUCAUUCUAACCAGAGCAAGACUUCCAAGAAACAGAGAGGAAGCUACAUAAUUGUUAACGAGAACCGUAACGAUCGAGAGGUUUGUUUGGUGUUCCUCCUGCUUGCUAUCACGGUUUUCUUCUACAUCUCCUCCUUCCCCAGCGCAUUGUACAAAAUAAUUCCCCUGAACGACGAUAAGCAGCAUAAGCAGCCUGUGAACACAUUUCGAGCGGUCGCCGAUGUGCUCGAAGUCUCUGGUCACGUUUUCAAUUUUUUUCUCUACUUCCUCCUGAGUCCAGAAUUCCGUAAAACUCUAUUGCUCCUCAUUCCUAGAUUAAGCUGCCAAGAUGCGUGAACUCAAAAAUUCUAAUGACAUCCUUAAUCAAAUUUCGUCAAUUCAGUUUAUUUUUGUAAAAUUACUAAAGUAUCAAGUACUAAUGCCAUCAAAUUUGUUCCACUAAAUAGAAACCCCGUUUAUAUAGCUUUAAUGCCCCUUACUUUAGUUCGUGAAACUGUAUACAUAUUAGAUUGUAUCAUGAAAGUUAAAAAAAUGAAUUUAAGAUUUAAGUUGCUAUUAUAUGUCUUGCCAAUGCGUGGACAAUCAUAAGUAUUCUUGUGGGUAACUUGUACAACACGGAUUUACAUCAAGACCUAUUGGUAUAGUUUUCUUGCAGUUCAUCCAGCCAGCAAUUCUCCUCCUCAGUGGUCAUUCAACUCCAUUAUUCUGCUAAUUUAUUUAUUUUUUUUUAAAUAAAUAUAUACACUCAAAUAAAGCGGUAAAUAUGAAUAAUAUUUUUAUUCUAGAUGUAUAGGAUGCGUGAAACGUGCUUAUAAUUAAGUCGCAUUGUAAACCAGCCUUGUGCAAGCUUCUUAAUGUUAGUCUGCUUUCUGCCAAGACGCGCAGUGCGGAAAGCGUGUUCAUGUACAAUACGAAGGUUGCGUUAUUUGUGGCAUAUAUUGGAUCCGUAAAGGAUAAGAUAAAAAUUCAAGUUGAAUACCGUUGGUUUCGCUAGAUCAAUAUCCAAAAAAAUAUAACUCAGUACUCACUGCAGUGAGUGACAGAGAGCG